UUCGAUCACACUGGACCAACAGCACAAUAUGUCCGACCUACCACCACCUCCCUCCUACGAGCAAGCGACCGGAUCGUCGACAGCUUCGCGACCCAGCAACAAUGCCAGCUCCCACCUAGCAGUCCCUGGCGCUGGUGCUGGCAGCGGCAAAAGUGGCAUUCCCGUCGAGUACAGAAGAUCGAUGGAAGAUGAGGCCCGACCACUUCCUCAAGGGUGGGUCCGCUCUUAUGAUCCGGAGAACUCGCAUCAGUUUUUUGUCGACACCACCAAGGAGCCACCACGUUCCAUCUGGCAUCAUCCCUACGACGAUGAAGAGUAUGUCAACAGCCUGAGUGGCGCGGAGCGCGAGAGAGUCGAGCAAGAGAGCAUCAACUACAAGCGUGACCACCCACCGACCAAGGAAGACUACAUUCAUGCACCUUCUGACGACGACGAUGAUGAUUUCUUGCCUGCACAUUAUCAGAACCAAACUGCUGCAGCUGGCAGCGCAGCAUCAGGAUCGAAUGCCCAGCUUCCACCGCGACCGGACGGCAAAGGUGGCAAAGAUGGAAAAGAUGGCAAGGGCAAGGAGAAGAUCUCGUUUGGCCGAAAAAUGAAAGACAAGGUCACCGGCAUGUCCCACGAAGAGCGCGAACAGCAGCGUCGCGAGCGCGAGGAGCAAGAGCGUCGGGCAUACGAGCAGCAUGUCAAAAUUCGAAAUGCCAUGCGCAAGGCUGCUCAGACUGGUGAAGCACAACUCAUUGGCAAGGACAAGGACGGAAAGAACAUCUACAUUGAACCACCGAGAACUGCGUCAUAUGCAGGAGGUUAUCCAGGCGUCGGCUAUGGCUAUAGCCCUUACACACCGUACAACAGCAACGGUAUCUACUCUACGCCCAAUGCUAGGUACGUGCGUCCUGGCAUGCCGUAUGCUAGACCUUAUGGCAGCCCAUACGGGUACGGUGGCUACGGAGGUGGCUACGGAGGCUAUGGAUAUAAUAGGGGUGGAUAUGGUGGUGGCAUGGGAAUGCCGGUCAUGGGUGGUUUGCUCGGUGGUGCACUUCUCGGAGGAUUGCUGUUUUAAGCGCAGUGGUUGUAUGCUACGGGAGCCAGACCUAUUGGUACAGCACACUGAGAACAGAAAAAAACCGGUAAUGGACAACAGUACACAGAUUACGACGGCAUGAAGCAACGACAUGGCAGAAUAGCCCAUGUCCUUGGGAGAUACCCCUCGGUAUACAGUUUACGAGUUUUUCUUACAAAUCACUUCUUC